UCCAACAAAAACAUCUGAUCUGCAACUGCGCAAGUACUUACAACUUCCUAUCAAGAAAUCCAAAUCUCGCUAGUAUACAAAUACGAAACGACACGGAACGUCGUGAACGGUGGAAACAAACUCAUUCCCAACUAGUACUAGUAUCCCUACUAGUACCUGUGUGUAAGACCUCCAAACGAGGACUGCAGCAACGAAAGAACAGUAAACAACGACGACUUGAUCGUUUGCUGGACACAGAGCUCUCGAAGAUGCGGAAGGCGAUCCAGUUCUUCGUGGCCGCUGCGGCGCUGCACGUCGAGGCCGUGAAAGUUGAAGUGGAUAUAUCCUCCGUGAAAUCCCCAUCGCCCUCAAUUUGUCAUGCACGUGCGACACAGUUGAAGUUUUUAUGAUUCUACCACCAGUGCAUGAUCAUGACCAUGAGAUGAAGCAUGGAUUUCGGUAUGAGUCGCAAUAUCCACCAAAAUUAUGAUGGUGAGGGCGAUGGUUUUGCACAGCAUAGCACACGCGGAAGAAAAUCGAUGUCGACACGACAACCGCGAACAAGAAGACCCUGGUGUAUCACAUCAAGAAUUGUUGUACUUCCCCUCAGCGUCAGAUGAAAAACUGAAAAGUUUGUUAUGGAGAGUCCAAAAGAAACAGAAACAGGAACAGCUGUAUGGUGGAUUGGCACGACUUGGCUGCACUAAGAACCUUUAGAAUUUCUAGAUACGAGCACCCGAUCCAAAAUGCAAUCCUUCACGUGUAAUUACAGUAUACUCGUCUGGGUCGACCAGUAGAAGUUAGUAACUCUAACUCCAACUCACACAGAAAAUCAAACCAAAACAUUUCGUUUCGGUGCAAUUGCAGCUCUUUCGCACAAGAACAUGGCAGGAAAUUCUGAAAGAGCCGCUGCACGACACUGCGGAUAUACGGUUAGAAUCAGACGCAGAUGUGAAAUUGCGCUGCUCCUCGGUAAGUGGGAAGCGACAUUUUCAUUUGCUUUGGCUUUCAGCUUUCUGAAACCAGAAGACUCAGUUUGCAUUCUGUACUUUUGCAUGCGUACUACUGGCGUUAUCUCUCCUAGCAAGCUGACGUCUGUCCAGGCGAGCUCGUGCGAAAGUGUGGCGCAUAUUCAGGAACUGCUCUGCUUUGAGGUGGGAAGUAAUUUCAAUGUGAUAAAGGGGCGGACAAUAUGAAAGCGAAAAGUCUCCGGCCUUCCGAACGCACGGAAUUGGAAGUUUGGGAUGCAUGAUGAAAAAUGUAAAUGGUUCUGUAGUUUUAGCUGUACACCUACACGUAUACAACGCAGUAUGAAUGAUCUGGUGUUUGAAGAUGGGAAGGGCGACGUGUGCUCUAGUGAAAGAAAACUUUGAAUGGAGAUCAGACGAACACAAAUGUAUCUGUAUGGCAUUCACAUUGUUUCCAAGUACAACAAAUAGUUUCACUAUCCUUCCUUGGCAGCUGUGUGUGGUGCGGGCUUCAGGCCCGAACCACUUCAUCCCUCGUCCUAGGAGAGGAGGACUUGUGUAAGUGCUUCCUCUUCAAAUCCAGUAGUAGAACGGCGUACGAUCGUCAGGGACUUUUCACCUUGAUAGAGAAAACGAAUACCAAGGGAAAGGAUGGCGGUUGCUGCGGUGAGGAAGAGGUCAUGUGCAAGGACAUUGCGAAAGGCGAUCGGGCAAAAUGCGAUGAAGGCCAGGAAUGGUACAACGGCGGAAAAAUGCCGAAACACGUAUGAUAGUGGACAAUUUUCCUUCCCCCUAGUAGUAAUUUGUGACGCAAAUAAGUACCAAAUUUACAUACCGCCCAAUUCAGGAUGAUUGUCUCGGACCCUGGGCCUGCCCCGCAAAUGAGGGGGAGGGGGAACUGUCCAACAUCAUAGGACGACGAAGGCGACACGGAUAAGCACAAAAAGUAUUGCUGUAGGAAGAGCACGUCCUUCAUGUGCUGCUAAUGUGAAGGCAAAACCAAGAGUAGACGCAGCGGCGCAGCGGGAGGUGAUGAAAACGAAAACCAGGAAGCGGCCGAAAAACCCUCUACGACUGAAAAUCAAACGGAACAAUGGAAGGCUGCAAGGAGGCGGAAACUAAGUUUUUCAUGAUCACUAUUACGUUUUUUCACUUUCAUCCCAGUUUGUUUCCUCAAGAAGAAUAAAGAACUACUUUAUUGUUAUUUGCGCUUUACAUCUACUCGAUACACUGCGAUUGCGAGGUCUAUGCAGUAGCCACCACUCUUACUCUUUACUUUUUCCUUGAUAUUUUUUUCCCGGAUUCUAACUGUAUAUCUAUUGUGCACACCCACACGAGGGUAAGGGUUUCCGUUUCCGUACCCAACGGCAUUUUUGCGCGACGCACCAGCAACUCUGAGUUGGUUUCCAGACCACUUGAAGAUCGCGAGUUUUUGUUUUUAAAACUUUGUUUUGCUAGCGCUUGUAGAAGUUUUACUAGUGCAGCGGCUUUUCCAAAUGAGGGCGAUGAAUUCCAACGUGCAGCUCGAACUUCGAACCUUUUAUUUAAACUCUUGCGCAGCAGCUGCAGCCGAGCACCGAAAAGAACGUUUGUACACAGGAGCCGACCAACUACAGCAAGAACAUUCAAACUUCAUUGAUGACACAUUUCAUACGGAUUGUGUCCGUGCGGGUGUGCGCGGGAACUUCUUAAGUAUUUUUUUUUUCAGUUUUUGUUGUGUAUUUCUUCAAUUUCUAUUUCGAUCUUUUGCAUACGAGUAACGAUAAGAUAACGAAAACCAAAGUAACGAAUUUUUGUUCUCCCCCCAAUUACUUCUACUUAUGAGCUCUACAAAUUAAGUAUAUGUAAAAGCAUGUAAAAAAUGACGCCGAACUCGGAUCGAUGCUUCUGAACGGAUGGGAAAAUAGUACGCCCUGCAUUGCCCCUACCACUUCUGAGAUGGCCUGCGCGAUUUCUCCAGCAAUUCUUGUUGGAGUUGUUGUGCAGCAUCCAGCGAAAGUUUGUAAAAAGAAAAGCCAACACCAACGUAGGUAGCGGGUUCAAUUAUACGGUAAUUAGUACAAGGAAAACAGGAACCAAAGAAACAUGAGUACUUGUGACGAAAAAGUACAUGAACACUACCCUCGCUGCGACUAUUGUGAACAAGAAGAUCGACGGAGUUUUUAUUUCCACUACGGCGAAUUUUGUCAACCAGAUACAGAAUUUUGUUUGCGCGCACGGAUAAAGUAAAU